AUGAACAAUUUUUCACAAAUAAUUUCUACAAUUUUCUGUUUAAGUACCUUGUCAUUAGCUCAAGACUUAAUUUAUUUAGGUAAUUAAUGCACUUGUGAAUAAUUGACAUCAUCUUUUGACUGUUAGUAUUUUAGCAAAUGCUAAUUUGUUAAUUAGGUUUGUUCUUAAAAAUCUUGUGAUUAGAUGAAUUUCGAGGCUUGUUAAAGUAGUGAUUGUGCUUGGAAUAAUGGGAAAUGUUCUACAUUUACAAAUUGUUAGGAUUAUAAAGUUUCAAAUAAUUAAGAUUGCUCUAAUCUUAAACAUGAUUGCACUUAUAAUAAUUUAACAAAAAUUUGUUAAUCCAAAGAACAAAUAAAAAAAUCAUGCUCAGAACUGGAUUAAACAAAUUGUUAUUAAGGAAUAGAUGGUAAAUGUAUAUAUAAAGACAACAAAUGUUAAAUUUGGACAAAUUGUGAAGAUGCAGAAUAUGGAAAUUGUGCAUAUGGAAAUAAUCAUUGUAUUUGGAAUACAUAAUAGAAUAAAUGUUUAUCUGCUCCCUCUUGUUAACAAAUAGGAGAUUAGCUAUGUCUAUUUGCUUUCCCAUAUAUGAAUUAGAUUGAUGCUUAUAUAUGUCAAUAUGAUAAGAAUGGAAAUUGUUAAGAUUUUGAUACAUCCAAUUAAAAUUAAGAAACAUGUAUAUCCUAAUCAUAUGGAUAUUAUUAAUGGAUAAAUGGAAAGUGCACUGCAUGUUAACAAAUUAAUUUUUAAUUAAUUUCAUCAGCAUUAGUGUUAACAUUUCUAAUUUUAAGUUGA